AUGGCCGGGGAAGCAUCCUCAUCACCCUCCUCCUCCGCUUCGGAGAUUGUCACCCUGAACGUCGGCGGCCAGCGCUUUGACACCACUCGCCACACUCUGCUCUCCAUCAACGACACCUUCUUCUCGGUGCUGCUCUCCGGCCGCCUGCCGAGCAGCAAGGACCAAACGGGGGCCCUCUUCAUCGACCGCGACCCGGCGCUCUUCGCCAUCAUACUCAAUUACCUGCGAACUAAUCAGCUCUUUGCCGUCACCGAGGCAAAUGUGGAGGCGCUCAAACAUGAGGCGCAGUUUUACGGCAUCAGUCCUCUGGUGCGACAGCUGGAGCUGUACGGCAGUCUGGUGGAGAGUCCUACCUGCAGUGGCGAUAUUCUCUUUCAGGUGAACAAACCAAGUGAAAGCGUCGAACUCGGUCCGGUGAAACAGAUCGUCUCUUUUGACAAUGGCCUGGUGGUCGUCUACAGCCACUGCGUCAACUGCUACCGCCUUUCCGAUAAUUACGGCUGGCAGUGCGUCUUUGAGUCAGGCUUCAUUGAAAAUGAGAUCGUCUCGGUAGACUUUCAUUUUGAGUUCUCCAUGGAUCUACGGUUCAUGUUGGCCAUCUGCGAGAAGGAGAUUCGAUUGCUGUCCACUCGUCGGCUGCCCUAUCAGCUGGAGAACAAUGGCGGCGGUGGUGGAGGCGGCGGUGGGGGUGGUGGUGUUGGUGGUGGAAACAAUCAGGCAUUCAACAACAAUUCCGUUCUUUACCGAUCUCGGCACAGCAACACCACCAGAACUUAUCAGUGCGAGGAGAUUGGACGUUUUCACCUAAACAACUACCCCAUUGAUUCGAUGUUCUUCAUUGGGACGCAGUUGGUGGCACUGAGCAAGGAGAAGGGCCGCGUAGGCAUCUGGAACAGCUCCCGUCGCUGGCUGGUGCAGGACCUGAAGCAGAACAAGACCUCGGUGAUCACUGCCUACGACAAGGCCGAGUCCGACUACCUCUUUCUCUGCUCGAACCAGGGCACCAUCUUCCUCAUUGACAUGCAGAAGUUUCCCCUGCGACUGAAGGACGGCGAUCUGCUGAUCAACGAGUUCUACAAGGACCCCGAGGGCGAGGAGAUCUGCGCCAUCAGCUGCUUCCUCUGCGCUUCACAACGCACCGACUACUUUCCCAUCAGCGAGAAGUCGAUUGAGAUUGCCUACGGCACAAAGAACGGCACCGUGCGCAUUCUGGUGCACCACCCGGAGACGGUCGGCCAGGGGCCGCAGCUCUUUCAGACGAUCAAGGUGCACAUGGCCGCCAUUCGGACGAUCACCCUCAACAGCGACUACCUCAUUACGAUGGAUUGCAAACAGAGUUAUAGAAGUUGUGGUGGUGGUGGUGGUGUUGGUGGCUGUGGCGUGGAUUUGGGUUCUGAAGGUUGA